UCCACAUUAAUAUGACUGUUAGAAUUUACACGACUGGUGAAACAAAUCGUGGUUGCUGCAGAUCCGCCUAUGGAGAACCCGUAAGUCUAAAAUAUUGUAAAAUGGGAGUGUGAGAGGAGAGGAGUAUGAAACAACAGAAAGAUACAAAGAGAAGGAAAAUGGGGGAAAUGGCCAAUAAACAAACUUGUUGAUAUUUCUUUACUCUGCAGUCCUUGCAUGAAAUUCAAAAGCUACAAAACAGCAAUCCGACGUAUUAGUCUUUAUUUAUCCCUAAAAUAGAGCCCAAUACGAAAACAUCCGUCAAUCUCACACACCCAUCAAAACUCUUAGCACUUGUCGUUUCAUUGCCGUCCCAAUAUUCUAUUCUAUGCAUAUUCUACUACUACUAGUCAAAUUUAAAAUACGGAAAAUUACCCUUUAUGUCUACUGGGGGUAUAUAUUCAUACCACGUAGCUUAUAUUUUGAGUUUGUUAGCCCCAUAUUUGUGUGUAACCACCUUUUAUACGCUAUUAUACACUUUUAUAUAAAGGUUGAUAGGGUAUGUGCUCUAUGUAUUGAUUUUUGACAGUGAAUUAGGCAUGAAACCUUUAAGUUUUUUGAAAUAAAAUUUAUAUAUUUAAAAACUAUUAAAAGGUAUCGUAAAUCACAAUAAUUGUCAAUCCAAAUUAUUUACUAAAAGAUAUAUGAAAAAUUUAUUGUCAAAAUGUUUGUUUGAAUCUCGAAAUUCGAAAGGUGCGAGAGUAUUGUAUAUUGGGUUAAAGUGGUGUAAUAUUUUAUGUUGGACCGUAUAUUUUUGAAAAUUUCCCUUUAAAAUAGGGGUCUUUCCCUCUUCUUCAAGAACCACCAUUUCACCUACCAGUUUUUUCACUGUGAAAAAAAUUCUUGAGAGUAAUAAUAGUGGAAAAUGAAGAGGUAUAGGAAUGGAGAGAUAUGGGAUUUUGAGCAAGAAAUGCAGCUAUUAGGAGAUGAGUUUUGUGAUCAAAGAGAAGUGAUAUUGGGAUUGGAUGGUGAUACUACUUGUACUGUGUGUGUUUGUAUGCCUCUUAUCCCUUUUGCUGAUUCACUACCUGACCCUCCUCCCAUUCUCUCAAGAGCAGUUGCUGGAUGCUCCAAUCACAAUAGUGUGGGAGAAAGCGCCGCGAGGGAUGCUCUAGAGCUAGUCAUGGCUGAUGCUCUAUCAAAAGCAGGCUCAACACGUUUCUGUGUACAAGCUGUUUGUUUGGCUGUCUCUGGCGUCAACCAUCCAACAGAUGUAGAGCGAAUAAUGAACUGGCUUAGAGAUAUAUUCCCCAGCCAUGUCCAAUUCUUUGUUCAGAAUGAUGCAGUAGCAGCUCUUGCAAGUGGAACAAUGGGAAAGCUUCAUGGUUGUGUCCUUAUUGCUGGUACAGGAACAAUCGCUUAUGGUUUCACUGAAGAUGGGAGAGACGCUCGAGCUGCUGGUGCUGGACCUGUAUUGGGAGAUUGGGGAAGUGGAUAUGGUAUAGCUGCACAGGCAUUGACUGCUGCAGUUAGAGCCUAUGAUGGUCGUGGUCCAUACACUGCACUUACAUCAAGUAUUCUAAGGAAGCUGGAUCUUUCUUCUCCUGAUGAACUUAUCGGGUGGACCUAUUCAGAUCCAUCCUGGGCUAGGAUUGCAGCUCUUGUUCCAGUUGUAGUGACAUGUGCAGAGGGAGGUGAUGAAGUAGCAACUAAGAUAUUGAGAGAUGCGGUUCAAGAAUUAGCUUCGAGUGUUAAAGCUGUUGUUAGAAGACUGCACUUGUGUGGUGAAGACGGAAAUGAUCCAUUUCCUCUUGUUAUGGUUGGGGGUGUUCUUGAAGCCAACAAGAAAUGGGAUAUAGGAAGAGAAGUCAUUAACUGUAUAUGCAAGGACUUCCCUGGGGUUCAUCCCAUUUGUCCGAAGGUGGAGCCUGCCAUUGGUGCUGCUUUGCUUGCUUGGAACUUGUUGGCUAGAUAUAGUCGACAAGGGACUCUGAGAAGUGAAAUCUAUUCUUCUUAAGAGACUUGAUCAAUUGUACAGUAGUAAGGAUGAAUGAAAGGUCAUUUCAGCAUAUACGAUCCACAAAGGAAAAUAUGUAUUUUGUUUUUUCCAUUUUUCUUAUAUAGAUUCUUCUUCCUCUU